GGAUCAUUUGCCACAUGACUUGAAGUAUCUUAAACAAGAAAAAAGAGGACUACAAACAUUUGUCAAAACAAUGUCAGAAAAUUUGUGUAUUUUUAGGUUAUUAAGAUUAAGUUAAGAGGAAUAAAAUAUAGGAAUAUUUUUUAAGAAUGACCAUGAAUGCCAUAUUAUCAAAUUUCUCCAGGUUAAGUCUUAAAGCCCCAACCCUGGCAAGAACAAUCUAUACAAAUAAACCAUUGGCUUUUAAAUUCACUCCAGUUUUGCUUGCUGAACCUUUGAAAAAGAAAAAGAGACUUGACCCCGCAGUUGUUAAAGCUAGGGAAGAAAGAAAAAAAAGAAAACUAGAGAAGCAGAUCAGAAGAUUGGAAAAGAAUGCACGUAAAUUAAAGCCUAUAGAAGAAUGUGAACCACCGUUUGAAGUUUUGGAUACCAUACAGUCCCGUAAAAGAAAUCUUGCAGCUCUUUCUACUGAAAUUUUAGAGCGUAGAGCACUAUUGCAGAAGAAAUGGUGUCAUCACAAGAGAGAAGAACAUUUAAGAGAUAUGCAAAUGUUAGAUAGAAUGUCAUAUUCCCAGCAAAGGGCAUUAGAUGAACUUAGAAAAGAAUCCGAAGAACUUUACCAAGAAGCUAUACAAUUUGAUUUUCAUUUGAUGCCUUUUACAAGCCAAGGACCAGUCGAAACACCACCUAUAGAAAAUUACAAUAGUCCAGAUGGGGACUAUCAAGAUGUAUCCAAAAAGUGGUAGAAGAAAAGAUUUGUUUUGUUGAAUAAAUUCUAGAUUAAACAUUAAGCUAGUUUUAGUGUGUAUUAUGUUUAUUAAUCUAUUAAACUGAGUUUUCCUCUU